AUGACCCCAGAAAUGUGCGAGGAAGCCCGAUACAGGCUCUAUGAGCUUACGAUUGACGACGAAUACGGUGCUGGAUAUCGAAGAGCGAGAACUGAUCCUGAUCGCUAUCGUAUUUUGCAGGAACUAAUGGAGAAUAAUAUGGCUAUGCAACCGGUGGCCUGUACAUUUCAGGAACAGGAAAGCAUGCAGGAAGACGCCGACAUUGCGGAUGCAAGUGCGAUUGUGGAGCCAACUGGACCACUCGGCACAAGCGAAGAUUUGGAGCCACCGAGCAUCUCGCCUGACGCAAAUGAGUACUUGGAACCAGUGGUCUUGUCGGAGGAUUUCAUAUUCCUGAACCACUUGCCAACGCACGACGUCGGAACUGAAAAACAUCUUGCCGAAAUUUUAGAGGAAGGAUUUAUUGAGAUGGAUGCCGAAUAA